GCUCAUAUCGUGCCGCGGCGCGAAUCAAGUAACACCUUGCAUAUUUACUCACUUCACGCAACAUAAACAUUGCACUUGUCUCGUGUCAACAGUAUUGUUAUUUAAAUUUUUUAUUAUUCUACUCGUUACAAUAUUAUUACAAUAUCAAACUAUUAUUGUUAUUCGUGAAAACACGAUGUCCUUUUUUCGGGGUCUGUGGAAAAGCAGCUCGAAACAUAAGAAGUUGUGCGAGGAAUGGGCGUUGGCGAAUAGCAGAGAGUGCGUCGACAAUGGAAGCAGUAAAAUUGGCAGUGGAAGUAGGAAUUCACUGAGGCAUGAUGAUAAUGAUGAAACGAGCGAGGCGACAUUUACCCUGAAAUAUUUGGGUAGUACAUUGGUGGAGACACCGUCUAGUGAAGAGGCCACCGCUGAGGCAAUCAAGACGGUCAUUACCAUGGCUAAAGCCAGCGGAAAAAAAUUACAACGGGUUGCUCUCGCAGUGAGUUUACGAGGUAUUCGAAUGACCGAUUUGGCCACUGAGGAAGAUCAACUUCAAGUUUCAAUAUACAGAAUUUCUUACUGUUCAGCAGACGCGACCCACGAUCAUGUGUUUGCAUUCAUCGCAACAAAUUUGAAUGAAACCAUGGAAUGUCAUGCAUUUUUGUGCCCAAAACGUAAAAUGGCACAGACGGUAACUCUGACCGUAGCUCAGGCAUUUAAUACGGCUUAUGAAGCCUGGCUGCAGUCUCAAUCAGAACCAAGGAUUCAUCACACCUUAGACAAAAGCCCUAGUUCCAGUGAAUUAGCAACUGGAAAUUCAAUAAUUGAAAAUGAUAAAUCAUUAAUUAAAUCGAGUGACGCAGAUAAACCAGGAAAUGACAGCAAACAGAAAAAUGAAAAGAAUUUACUUAUUGAUUUGUCCAAUGAAGUCAAGUCUACUGAUAAAUCUUGGGUUUGCUUCGAAGACGAGGCUACGGAAAUAAAAAAAGUACCAAAAAAAACGAGCAACAAUAACAUACCGAUGACAACAAUAAGACACGCGAGCAGCACAAAUCAUCAUGUUGUACCGAGACCGUCACCAGGUUUCAAAGUACAAAAUGCCUGGGGUGAAUCACGAUCUGUCGACCUCAUAUGCUCGUAGCAUACGUAGCCGAAGGCUGACAGCUUCACAGAUGUACCACUGAUUACUGGUCUCUGGAAGCAUUUGUCUCUCGAUGGCCAAACUAAAAUUCUACAGUCCCCGAUUAAUAAUCAAUCUCGGAAUAAUUCUUCUGCUCAUAAAAAAUAAUAUCAAUUUUUCAUCUCAAUACUUAACGUUCAUUUACCCGGGAAAAAAAAAUUAUAUAGGGGAGUGGGGGGCAGAGUGGGCCCCUUAAGGAAAAUAAUUAUAAUGUCAUUAAUUUUUUUUACGCGUUUACUUCUUUUUAGACCCUUGAUACUUAAUUUCACUUCAUUAUGAUGCGUCUAUUAAAAUUGAAAAAUCGAAAAUUAGGGGCAAAGUGGGCCAUCAAAAAAAUUUCGGAUUUGAUUUUUUUUAUUCUUUACAGGUGUGAUAAUUGCAAAUUACUAUAAAACAAUUGUAAUUUAAUAAUAAAAAAAAUCAUUUUAAUAGUCUGCUGCGAAAUACCUUUAAAACGUAAUUUUAUUAUCUUUAAUUUUCUUAAUAAAUUAUAUUUAAUGAACAGUUUUGGUGGUUUAUUUUAGCCCCCAUUACAUAAGAAAUUUCGAUAAGCUUAUUAUCCGUCCGAAUUUAUUCACGUACAGAAAAUUUUGAGGGGCCCACUUUGUCCCCAUAUUUUUUGAAGUUUUAAAAAUUUUAAGGGGCCUACUUUGUCUCUAGGGGCUCACUUUGCCCCCUCCUCCCCUAUAAACUUUUAUAUGAUUAUAUAUUAAUUUUUUCCCGGGAAUUUUCUUGUUUCAGUUAUAUAUAUUUAGAAUAAUAUAAAUUUUAAUAAUUUCUUUUUCUAUAAUAAUAAUAAUUAAGAAUUAAUUUUAAUGUAUCAUUAAAAAAAAAGUUAUUGAUUUAACGAAAUGUAAAAUAAUUUAAUGAUAAUUAAUUAUAAAAAUUUGAUUAUGUAAUUAAGAUAAAAAACAUAUGUUAGUAAUUAUGUAUCUAGAUUGUAAUUAAUAGAACAAAGUAAAAGCUAAACAUGUAAUUUUGAAUGAACUAAUUUUAAUGAUUUAUGAAUGAUAUAUUUAAUCGAAAUUAGUUUAUUUAAAAAAAUUCAUAUUAGCGCUGGUAAAUCAAAGAGAUUUAAAUAUUAGUAGUUGUAAUAAUCUUUGCAACUUAAAAUAAAAAAGAUUUUUUUUUUUGGUAAUUUUUAUUAAUCAAUUGAUAGUUAUACUAAUGGGAUAUUUUAAAAUUGUGAAGCAUAAAAUGAUAAUUUGAUGUGAGUAAAUAAAUGGCUGUGUUUGUAGGAAAAUUAUAAAUUAGAAAAAGAAGGUAACUAUAAAUUUUAGUUUUAGGAUGAAUUGUUAGUAUGUAUAUUAAUGUGUGAGUGUAAAAAAUACCACGAUAUCAUUAAUUAUAAGUUUUAAGUUUGUAAUUAAUUUUUAUAAUUUUACUAAUAUUCAUUUUUUAUCGUUUAGUGAUAUAAGAGAUUAUCUAUUAUAAAUAUAUACUGAUAUAUAUAUAUAUUAGUUUAAUUGUAAGAGGGAUCGAUUUAAUAAACAAUAUACGCAUAUCUAUAAUUUUAAACAAAGAAAAAAAUAAAUAUAUAAAAUAAAAUAAA